AAAACUUCCGACCAAGAAUAAUAGAGAGAUAUGGAAGCUAGAAAGAGAGAUCGAAACAUUGAUACUGAAUACAGUGAAGGAGAGGCAAAUAAAAUCAUCAAUGGCAACCUCAACCAUAGAGAAGGAUCUAUUACAAAUGAUCUUGGAGGGUGCCAAGAACAAUAUUCAAAUGGGCUCAUCAGAUUUAUCUAAUCGCUUCAUAGUAGAUAACUGUAAGAGCAUAUACUUUGCUGGUCAUGAGACAACAGCAGUAGCUGCAACAUGGUGCUUGAUGCUAAUGGCAUUGUAUCCUGAGUGGCAAGAUCGAGUCCGUGCGGAGAUUGAACAUGUUUGUAGGGGUCGAUUUCCAGAUGCCGAUAUGCUUCCUAAGAUGAAAACGAUGAAGAUGGUGAUUCAAGAGACCUUGCGCCUCUACUCUCCUGCAGCGUUCGUAUCGAGGGAAGCAUUGGAAGAUACAAAGAUCGGAGGUGUUGCUAUCCCAAAGGGCAUACACCUAUGGACACUGAUCCCCACAUUGCACCGUGACCCAGAAAUUUGGGGAGCUGACUCAAACGAGUUCAAACCCAACAGGUUCGCCAAUAGCGUCUCUGAUGCUUGCAAGCUUCCACAAGCAUACGUGCCCUUUGGAGUUGGGCCUCGCUUGUGUCUGGGCCGCAACUUUGCCAUGGUUGAGUUGAAAAUUGUUCUUUCUCUUAUAGUUUCCAAUUUCUCUUUCUGCAUCUCUCCCAGCUAUCACCACUCCCCUGCGUAUAGAAUGAUUGUAGAGCCUAAAUAUGGAGUUCAUCUCCUCCUAAAGAAAAUCUGAUUGAUCAGUAGUCCACAAUCUCAACGUCAAUGGGUCAAGACAUAAAAUAAAGUUUCUUAAGAUUUAAAGGCUCUACCCUACACUGGAUGAUUUUAAAUUCUAAAACAUUGAUUUGUACUACAUAUAUAUUCUGUCCAUGUAAUAAGAGUGCGAAUUAAAAAUACUGUUCCUUACUCGUUA